AUGGCCACAGAGGAAAUUAUGGUGUAUAACCGCGCUCCCCUGUCCGUCAUGACCCUCAACUGCAGAGGCUUGAAUAUACCGGAACGCCACUCUCACCUACUAAGAAUUCUGCGACAGAAACACAUAUCGAUAGCGAUGCUACAAGAAACCCACUUCUGGGAAAACGCCGCUCCAAAACUCCGAAGCGCUCAUCACCCAUUGCACUACUGCAACAAUCAUCCGACUGCCCGUCGGGCGGGGGUUGCGAUACUGCUUGCUGCAGACCUAGAUUUCCAGGAACUGGAUAGAUUGGCUGACGAUCAAGGGCGCUUCCUUUUCCUGAAAGGAAGAUAG